UCUUGGAGGCACACUGCAGGACGGGGUCAGAGGGAAUGGGCAGGUGGGGCAGGGGCCCUCUGGCCACCAGAGCCCUAAUAUUGGGCAGAAAUGGGUAAUGUGAUGUCACCUCAUUGCUGUGGGUGCAUUUCAGGCAAGGCCCCCCUCACUGUCCCAGGAGGGAUGACUCAUCCCCAUAUCCAUGAGCAACCCAGGGCCCAGAGGCUGAGUGCCCUGCCAAAGGUCCCUGACCACCCCCCUGGGGCACAGGCAAGGACAAGGCCACAGCCCUACGGGGCAGAGUCCAGAGGAGCCACAGGCGGGGGUAACCGGGGUGCGGGGAUCCAGAACACCUGUCCCCACGCACCCUACAGCUAUGGGGAUCCCAAGCAGUGGGUGGCCUUUCUGGGCACACCGUUCCUAAGUGGCGCUGAGGGGCAGCUGGAGCGCGUGGCACGCAUCUACAAGCACCCCUUCUACAACCUCUACACGCUCGACUAUGACGUGGCGCUGCUGGAGUUGGCUGGGCCUGUGCACCGAAGCCGCCUGGUUCGGCCCAUCUGCCUGCCGGAGCCUGCACCCCGGCCCCCCAAUGGGGCACGCUGUGUAAUCACCGGCUGGGGCUCCGUGCGAGAGGGAGGCUCCAUGGCACGGCAACUGCAGAAGGCGGCUGUGCGCCUCCUCAGCGAGCAGGCCUGCCGCCGCUACUACCCCGUGCAGAUCAGCAGCCGCAUGCUGUGUGCCGGCUUCCCGCAGGGUGGCGUGGACAGCUGUUCGGUAAGCACAGUUUAACACUGAAAAGGGUGUUCUGCCGGGGG